UAAUCUGCCACAUCAGGACGAAAUCAUGCAGAUCUGCAUCUCUGUACAGAAAUUCCAUCCUCUCAAUUAAAACGCAUAUGCCCCAAAUCGAACAAAAGAAAAAAAAAAAAAGAAAAGAAGAGGGGAGAGGAGAGGGAGCGGCGAAUCGAAGCGAAGCAAGCAGCAGCAGCAGCAACUCGCGCUGUUCAUUUAUUCGCACCAAACCGAAAGGCGAGACGAGGCGAGGCGAGGCGCGGUGGCAGAGGCAGCCAAACCAACUGACGGACGCGAGCGAAGCGAAGAAGUUCUUGAAGUUGAAGCAGCCGCCUCGCUCGCCUCGCGGCCCUCGCUUGCCUAAUCAGGAGGGGGGCUAUCUCUUUCUCUCUCUUUUUUCCUUUCCUUUCCUGCGUCCUUGGGAUCCGCCCGUGCGAUCUCGCCGUGGGUGGAGCGCCGCCGUCCAUCCGUCCCCAUGGAUCCCCGCAGUCGCGCGGAUCGCGGCGAGUAGGGAGGGAGGAGGGGAGGGGAGGGGGAAGCGGGUUCCGGGAGGAGAGGCGUCCUGCUCGAGCAAGGAGCUUGUGGGGGGAGGUAGAUGGACGCGAACGCGGGCUCAUUCGUCGCCGUCCGCCGGCUCGCCGGCUCCGAGCGCGCCGCGGGAGCGGCCGCCUUCCACCACUCGUCUUCGGCGGAGGUCGUGACGGGGUCGACGGCGUGGAUCGGGAAGGGGCUGUCUUGCGUGUGCGCCCAGAGGAGGGACAGCGACGCGCGCCUCUCCUUCGAUUUGACGCCAGUUCAGGAAGAGUGCCUACAGAGGUUACAGAACCGGUUAGAAGUUCAGUAUGAUAGUUCAAACAGUGAUCAUCAGGAAGCAUUGAAGGACCUCUGGCGUGCUUCUUUUCCUGGAGCUGAGCUUCGGGGACUAAUAUCAGAACAAUGGAAAGAGAUGGGCUGGCAAGGGAAAGAUCCAUCUACAGAUUUUAGAGGUGGAGGCUUCAUCUCCUUGGAGAACUUAGUGUACUUCUCCAAGAACUUCCCAAAAUCUUUUCAGGAACUUCUUCGGAAGCAGAAUGGUGACCGUGCAAUUUGGGAGUAUCCAUUUGCUGUGGCUGGUGUAAAUAUAACAUUCAUGCUCAUCCAGAUGCUUGAUCUUCAAUCAGUUAAACCAAGGUCGUUCAUCGGAGCAGUUUUUCUAAAGCUACUUUCUGAAAAUGAUCAGGCUUUUGACAUUCUCUACUGCAUAACCUUCAAGUUGAUGGAUCAGCAAUGGCUUGACAUGCAUGCCACUUACAUGGACUUCAAUACGGUCAUGAAGUCCACACGACGUCAGCUAGAAAGGGAGCUCUUGCUUGAAGAUAUUCAGCGGAUUGAGGACAUGCCAUCAUACAAGCUUUUGGCCCGCUAGCUAGUAACUGAACCAUAACAUGGCUACGUGCUGCAAGGCUUGAGUUGCAUAAGGGUUGCAACUAGUGCCCACAAACAGUGUGAAUUCCAAAACGCAGAUGCACUUGUUUCCUCUCAAGUUUAGGUACUCUGUUAACCUGUCUCCAAAUUACAAGAUAGAGGUCUCUUGGUCAUAGCACGCCACGUAGGGUAACUGAAGUGUCCGAUCAGCUGCCAGGGCAGAGUGUUUGUAGGUUGGGUGUUUUGUUGCAGUUUGGUUGAUGCCCGUCAUACCACGAAAUGAAGUGCUUCUAGGUUUUCCUUUUUCCUUUAUAAACAAGAGGCUCUUGUGAAAGCUAAUCUGAGUGUCUUCUGUAGUGUACCAUAUUUGCAUAAUUGAUAGUGUUCAGUUCUCCGAGUGUGCAGAAAUCAUGCUAGCUGUUUCUGCUAGCUCCGCAAUGAUGCAAAUCUGUUGUUUCCUUAGUUGUCCUGGGGCAUGAAGUUUGUUCCUAUAUAGUGCAGACCAUUUUUGUGGUA